ACAUCGAAAUAGCAAAUCGUCAUGGACACACGUGUUUGAUGAUCGCUUGCUACAGAGGCCACAUUCAAAUAGCUGAAUUGCUAUUGGCGUGGAACGCGGACGUCAAUCGAAAAUCGGUCAGGGGUAAUACGGCUUUACAUGACUGUGCAGAAAGUGGAUCUUUGGAAAUCCUUAAAUUACUCAUCGAACACAAAGCUCAGAUGGACGUUGAUUCUUACGGAAUGACCCCACUCUUAGCUGCUGCUGUUACAGGCAACACCGAUAUCGUCGAAUAUCUAUUAGGAAUUCCAGAAUUGAUAACACGCAAAGAACGCAUUGAUGCAUUAGAACUUCUCGGUGCCACAUACGUCGACAAAAAAAGGGACAUGGUGGGUGCUUUGAGUUUUUGGAAACGUGCCAUGGACGAAAGAUAUAGAAGAAGGCACGUUAUACCAAAACCAAAGCCACAAAUGCCAGUACAGGCGUACGAUUGUGUGCAAGAGAUAUGCGAACCCGAAGAAUUGGAUGAAUUAUUAGCAGACCCGGAUGACAUGCGUAUGCAAGCAUUGGUGAUUAGGGAAAGAAUUUUAGGCCCUGCACAUCCAGACACGAGUUAUUAUAUUCGUUACAGAGGUGCAGUUUAUGCCGAUGCAGGAAGGUUCGAUCGUUGUAUACAACUAUGGAAUUAUGCAUUGGAUAUGCAACAGGGAAUGCUUGAACCAUUAAAUCCAACGACGCAAAGUUCUUUCUUUAGCUUUGCCGAACUUUUUAGCUUUAUGAUAGGCGAGGAAGGUAGACAAACUAGUAGAGGACGCAGAGUACCACCCGUUAACAGAACUGAAAUACUUAACAUUUUCUUAAAGGCUAUAGUAGAAGUUAGACAAGGCAAACAAUUAUUAGAUAAAGUUCCAUUAAGAGAACGUGACGUAUCGUCGUUAAAUCGAAUUUUAUUGAUCACGUUACAUUUAGCAUGUUUGAUGACACGCGACAUGCCCCAAGAAGGUACACACGAGUACGAGGCCAUACACAAAGCCAUUUACGAUUUGGUUCGAAUCAAUGCAAAGGGCAAAGAGGAUCGUGACGCAUUGCAACUGGUGCACAGUGAUGACGUAGCAUUGGUAGGAAGGUAUCCAAUUUGCAAAUUUCAUUCGCCGCAUUUGACGACAGCUUUGUUGAAAGUUGGGGCCGAUGUUAAUUCGAGAGAUAAGAAUGGAAAUACUGCGUUGCAUUGGGUUGCCAUGUCGUCACCUUGGCGUCCCGAACUUGCAAUUGCGCUUCUCGAUGCAGGUGCUCAUAUCGAUACCGUUAAUAAGGAUAAGAAAACCUUCAAGUGUUUGCUACGCAACAAGCAAAACUUUUAUUCUAUCAAUCCACUAAAAUACGUUACCUUGACGUGUUUGGCGGCCAAGGUAAUAAGAAGGUGGUGCAAGGAAGAACAACUCGACGAAAUUGUUCCCGAACAUUUAAGAUCAUUCGUUAAAAUGCAUUAGGUUUAUA